AUGGGAAUACGAAGUGUGGGGGAGAAGGUCGACGAGGAGGACCAAGAGGACGAACAAGACGAAAAGGACCAACAAGACGAAAAGGACCAACAAGACGAAAAGGACCAACAAGACGAAAAGGACCAACAAGACGACGCUACAUUUCGAAGCAUCACUGACCGCCCAACCAUGAGAAAAAAAAAGACGUUGCGCCGAAAUGCCAGGCAGAUCGCAGAGCGCCUCAAAAAAAUCGACCAGGAGUGUCGUCAGUUAAGCAAACAGAUUAGGAGAGUACAAAAGGAGAGGAACUCAUUUGUAAUAACCACCGCUUUACUAAAGAAGUACCACUCUUAUGUGGACACUAAUUUGAUGAAUGCCGUCUCCAUCUUCUCCUCGAGCAGCGUCUUUGUAAAGAGCUGUGGGAUUGUUUUUUCAUCGAAAACAAUUUUGGACGACCCCAACGAUGCGACUGAGGAUGGAUGCUGCAGUGGUCAUGCGGAGAGGCGUCAUUCGGACUGCGCCAUGGGGGGGUGUCAUAUGAUCGUGGAGGGGGCGCUUCCCGUGAGGAGCAAACUUCUGUGGAGGGAGGCGGCCUGGGGUUCCCCCCCAAUGGUCGGCUUUUCCGAUGUUUGUAGUUCCCCCAGUGGCCCUUCCCCACUUGGCAGUAACGGAGUAUCCGCGAAGAAGUCGAAAUUUGGAGCGACCACUUUUCCCCGUGACGGAACGAUUUGGAGCGACUGUUCAGGGGGCACGCAUGGUGAGGGUAGCGAUGAGUUUGGGGAGGCGGAGGGCCAAAGGGGAGAAGUGGACCCAGGGAAGAGCAGCCAACCGUUUGGCCAGAAAGGGCGAGGGGAGGGAAGAAACCAGGAAAGAAGCUGCCAACAGAGCCGCGAACAGAGGUGCGAAAAAAAAAACUUCGCGGUAAGACCAAACCAUUCGUACCACUCUGGUGAGCGAGGGGAUUCCCCCCCCCACGGACUCUUCCUCCACUCUUUUGAAGAGAACACAAAAGGGGGGAACAAAGAAGGCACUCCGCAAAACGGCAGGCGUGAUGAACGAAGCGUGCCUCACCAGUUAAGUCCCCUUAGUGUUGCGUUUAGAAAUGGUGAUAAAAGGAAAUGUGCAAAAUGUGUAAAAUCUGCAAAAUGUGCAGGAUGUGCCAAAUCUGCUGCCUCCUCCUUGCACUCAGCGGAGGGUCAGCCCAUGCCCCGUGUGGGUACACACGAGAGCGAUGGCGAUGAUGAUGGCGAAAAUGAUGCUCAAAAUGAUGCUCAAAAGGAUGGUCAAAAGGAUGGUCAAAAGGAUGGUCAAUAUCAUGGCCAAAAGGAUGAGAAGGAAAGACAAAACGACGGAACUUAUUCCGACUCGUACAUUGAUAUGAUCAGGAAGGGAAAAGUCUUUUCCUUUUUUAUGAACACCACUGAAAAGAAAUACCACCCCUUUUCCCAUUUUGUGCACAAUGUAAAGAGGAUUUUCUUCCUCAGUGAAAAGGAGGGAAAUCAAAAUGGAAGCGGCACAAAUGAUAUAGACAAAAGAGAACGCAUGACUUCGUUAAAAUUUCGAUGCCUAGUGAAGUCCAAAAAAAUCGUACUGUACGCAUGUGUGUGUCCACACUGUGAAAAAAAUCUGUUCCUUUUGCUAAAGAAGAGCGGAAGGAAGAAGAUCGUGCCCAUGGUUUUGUCCCCCACCCAAUUUAUCGCCAUAAUUGCCCAAUUGAGAGGGAAGUGGAGGGGUGCAGGCGAAGGGGGGAUGGCUACGGGGGGUAAGGACAUCCCUCACCUGGAUAUCACACAUCUGGACCCCCAUUCGCUGGAAUAUUUUUGCGACUCCGUGAUGGCCCCCCACGAGACUUCCAACAACAGCGGCGAACAUUUUUGCAACUGCUAUGUCGGGAUGGACGAGGGGGGCGAUGCCCUGUUCGGGGAUCCAGACGUCCUGGCCUAUUUGUGA